UUACAAUUUCACUGACGUUAUUACUCUGCGACGGCCGUUUAUGCGACGCAUACAGCAAUGGCGAGCGGCAAAAAGAGUGCUCUGCUUUCCUCUUUGGCAGAGUAUGGGGACGAUUCAGAGCCUGACUCUGACCCCGAAUUAGAAGAGACAGGGGGGGCUGGAGGAGGUCUGGUGUACAGCUAUGGUGAUGAUGACCUGAACCGGACUGAGGGUGCCGAUGACAAGGGGUCUGGAGAUGAAGACAGCAGAGAGAGCAACUCGGAAAUGGACGAAUCUGACGAGGGGAGGGACGCGGAUGAUGUUGAGAUCUCAGAAGCCGAAAGAAAGGACCCCAAUGAGCUAGUUGCUCUAUUCUCGGAGAAGGUGAGGAACAUGUCACCUGAUGAGAUCAGGAUCCCCGCCCCGCCCCCUGGACGCUGCUCGAGCCAACUACAGGACAAGAUCCACAAGCUGUAUGAGAGGAAGCUCCAUGGAGAUUUUGACACAAACAGCCACAUCCAGAAAAAGAAAGAAUUUAGAAACCCAAGCAUUUACGAGAAGCUCAUUCAGUUCUGCAGUAUCGAUGAACUGGGAACUAACUACCCAAAAGAUAUGUUUGAUCCUCAUGGCUGGUCAGAGGACUCUUACUAUGAAGGUCUAGCCAAAGCCCAGAAAGUGGAGAUGGACAAACUGGAGAAAGCCAAGAAGGAGCGAACCAAGAUUGAGUUUGUCACGGGGACUAAGAAGGGCACCAACCCCUCCAGCACAGCAGCCCCCACCACCAGCAACACCACCACCACCACAGCCACAGCAGAAGCCCAGAAGAGGAAAAGCAAGUGGGACUCUGCAAUCCCUGUGACCCUGGCCCAGCCCACCAUCAUCACUACCACCGCGACCCUGCCUGCUGUCGUCUCUGUGACAACCACUGCUAGCGGCACCAAGACCACUGUCAUCUCUGCAGUGGGCACCAUCCUAAAGAAGGCAAAGCAGUGAACACAGAGAAUGGGCAGAAACAUGUUUGACUAUACGAGUGAGCGAAACAAUGACCAACACGAAGCUGGAAGAAGUGUUGUCCUGUGCUCAUUAUAUAUGUGAAAAGAUGCAGAGAGAGGACAAAUGAACCGAUGGACACUCGGUGUACAUUUUUAGAACCCACCUACAAAUGCCCUCUGCUACACAUGGACUAAUCUAAAGACUUAACUGCCUUCUAUCUCUGGGAUUGCGUCUGCAUUAUUGCGUCAUAAAGCCAAAUUCACAGUUUGGUGAAAAUACUACAUACAAUAGAUCCUCUGAAAGUGUGAUGCAUGCAGAUGAAACACGUCUGUCAUUCUUUUUUUUCUUUUUUUUUAUAUAUGUUGGCAAUAGUUGAAAGUUUAAAACAGUUGAAGAAAACAAGAGCAUGACAAUGAUCGAAUAAGGAAAAGGGUCCCAAACAGACCUGGUAGAAAUAUCUGAAAAAUUGUUUAUUUUUCUAUCCAUACUUGCAGUAUGUUAAUGCCUCUUGUAGCAGUUAUUUGUAAUAGCUCGACAUGUGCAUCAUUAUUUUUAAUUUUUCUUCAUUGGCUUAUUGACGUCUCUACGGUAAGAUUUUUUACACUUGUACAUAUGUGUUGAUGAUAAGGUGAAUAAAUGGUUCAGAUGUUGCCUUUUCA